GUGGUGUUUGUCACAGUGCCCAGCAAGGCAGUGGGCCAGAAGAUUGCGCACAGCCUGGUGGAGGGCAAGCUGGCGGCCUGCGUGAACAUCAUUCCGGGCCUGGAGUCUGUGUACCUGUGGGAGGGCAAGGUGCAGUCGGAUGCGGAGCUGCUGCUGAAGAUCAAGACGCGAAAGGCGCUGGUCGGGGAGUUGACGGCGGCGGUCAAGGCGCUGCACCCGUACCAGGAGUGCGAGGUGGUGGCGGUGGAUGUCACCGGCGGCAGCGACACCUACCUCCAGUGG